GAAGGUUUUGUCUUCUUGAGGUCAAAGGUUCAAGCCUCCUUCCCUCUUCCUCUUAAAAAAAAAAAAAAUUUAGCCCAACCAUUUAAAGGUGUAUGGAAGCAGCAACAGAAGCCCAAACAAGUAAGUUAUUCCCAGAAAGUAAUAGAUAGUAAUUCUGUAAACCCAAUUAUUCUCGAUUGUGAAGCACAGGAUUUGGAAACAGUCACAAUUAAAAGCAUGGAAACAGGAGAACAUUCGGGUAAAGAUGACCCAACUAUUUUGGGCAAGGAUAUUUUAAUGAAGGCAACUAGGCAAGGAGAAGAUUCUGUAAAUCUUGUUCAAGAUCCUGUAGCUGUGGCAGAAACUUCUAUGGUUCCCGUGGAAGAAGAGCAAUCCCUUCUUGUAGUUAAUAAUGCACUUCUCUCAUCCUUCAGUCACGAGGCAAUGAGAGAGAACCUGGAACAAAAUAAACAUCAUGAGGAACCUGUUCAAUCUGAUAUUUUAACAAUUCAGAAGAAUGCAGAAGAUGAGACAGGUAAGCAAAUAAAGACUAUGUCACCAAAGCAAAAGAUAAGAUAUCAACAAGAUAGGGAAGUGGGACAGGAGGUAUUUGAAGAUUCCACCUUUUAUAUGGACCAUGCGUAUACAUGUAGAGAACUCUCUAAUGUUAGCUUGGAUGAGGGACUGGGAUUAGUUUGUAGCAAGGAACCCCCAGAUAGAGGUUUCUACUCAGAUGGAGAUAAUCCUAAUAAUUCUGAACCCAUAGAGGUAGACUCUCAAGCAUCAGGAGAUGAUGAUAAUUAUAGUCCAAAAAUAAGAAGAUCAGUGGUGUUUCCAACGAGCAUGGAUUUGGAAACAGUCACAAUUAAAAGCAUGGAAACAGGAGAACAUUCGGGUAAAGAUGACCCAACUAUUUUGGGCAAGGAUAUUUUAAUGAAGGCAACUAGGCAAGGAGAAGAUUCUGUAAAUCUUGUUCAAGAUCCUGUAGCUGUGGCAGAAACUUCUAUGGUUCCCGUGGAAGAAGAGCAAUCCCUUCUUGUAGUUAAUAAUGCACUUCUCUCAUCCUUCAGUCACGAGGCAAUGAGAGAGAACCUGGAACAAAAUAAACAUCAUGAGGAACCUGUGCAAUCUGAUAUUUUAACAAUUCAGAAGAAUGCAGAAGAUGAGACAGGUAAGCAAAUAAAGACUAUGUCACCAAAGCAAAAGAUAAGAUAUCAACAAGAUAGGGAAGUGGGACAGGAGGUAUUUGAAGAUUCCACCUUUUAUAUGGACCAUGCGUAUACAUGUAGAGAACUCUCUAAUGUUAGCUUGGAUGAGGGACUGGGAUUAGUUUGUAGCAAGGAACCCCCAGAUAGAGGUUUCUACUCAGAUGGAGAUAAUCCUAAUAAUUCUGAACCCAUAGAGGUAGACUCUCAAGCAUCAGGAGAUGAUGAUAAUUAUAGUCCAAAAAUAAGAAGAUCAGUGGUGUUUCCAACGAGCAUGUCUGCGGAAAGAAGAGGUGGGGCAGUUCCUUGUGUCAAUGCAAUGGAUGAUUUUGGGAAUUUUAUUCAGACAAGGUAG